UAACUGAACUUUUUGAUUAUUUUAUUAUUUUUGAAUGAAAAGAAUCAUAAUUAAUUAAUUACGAUCUUGUUUCCACAAUAGUGAUGUACCAUCUUUUCUGUUCCAAUAUAAAGAUAUAAUACAUCUCUAAUUUUCUUUUGUAUUUUACGGAUUCUUGAUGAAUUGAAAGACCUUUCUUUCUUUCUUUAAUCUUUAGCCUUGAGAGUUGAGAAGCCAUUAAAGCUGUAACUUGCAAGACAAAAUACAUGGAUACUGAACUUAGGAAGGACAUGAUCAAGAAGGAGAGAGCUUUAAAGAUUUCAUUUCGAAAGAGAAAGAAAAGCUUGUUCAAAAAAGGCUAUGAAUUAGCAACUCUAUGUGGUAUUGACUUGUGCAUUAUCAUCUUCGAUCCAAAACAAGGUGACAACAAACAAGUGAAACCAGAAACCUGGCCUGCUGAUCCUCUUAAGGUUAAGCACAUAAUCAAGAAAUACAAACAGAAAGUGCAGGAAAAAAGACACUGUCAGAUCUCUGACCAUUCCAAGAACAAGCUGAAGAAGGUUAAUGCUCAACUUACAGAUUUGCGGAAACAAAUAUCUGUGACUAAGUAUCCUCCAUGGAAUGAUCGCAUCAAUAAUUACUCUGAGGAUGAAUUGAAACAACUCAUCUGUGAAUUGGAUGCUAAACUGAAAUCUGCAGAUGACAGAAUCAAAAUGAUGAAAGAAACAGACACGAAUCAUAUGGAAAGGUCAUUUUUUCUUGAGGCUCAAGACCACAGAAGCCAUGGAUAUUCAAGUGGGCAACAACAAUCUAACAUUCUUGAUGUAAUGCCAAUUGAUAUUCAAGUACCAAGCUAUUUCCAAGAUGGUUCUCUAGGUUAUCCUCAUAUGCUUCCAUUGAAUCCACAUUUUUAUGGGAAUUGGCAACCGAAAAUGUGGAAUGACAUCAGAAAUAGCAGUGAAUCUGUUGCUGCUGCACAAAAUAAUGAUACUCAGUUUCCUCAAGUGAGUAUACCUAUGUGUUAUGGUCAAGCAUCUUGGAAAUGGGAGGAUGUGAUGUGCAAUAAUAAUGUAAAUCCAUGGUUGAACUAUUUAGCUCCGGCUAUGCAGCCAAUGCCAGCGCCUUUUUUGCAGUAUCCGAUGAUGGUUGGUGUUCUUCCUGAAAUGCUUACUUCUCAAAACAAUGGGAUUACUGAUUUCCUUCAAAUGAAGGAGAAAGAUGCAGGGAAUUAGAUGUGGGAUUUUCUGAAGCUUCUUGGUUUAUUUCCUUUAUGUGUUGUUUUUACUAGGAUUUUAUUGUUCUAACAAGAUUUUUAUAUACUACAUGGUACAUAUCAUUUUGGCUAAAGCAUUAAUUUCGUCUCUUGGUGCGUGUGAGAUG